AACACUAUUCCUACGUCGUUUAAGUCAAAGUGUUCUAAACCCUAAACCCUCAGCAGUCAGCACUUAGCAGUUCCCUUCCCUCUUAUCUCUUUCUCGCUAGUCCGAGUCCCUCACUGAUUCAUUGUCUACGCCUCUGCACAGAAUCCCUCAUCCUUUCCUCUCCCUUAGCCUGCCUCUGUACAGGACAGCUGCUCCUCAACCUCAUCAACUUGCUGCUAUCUGUGGGUUUUAUUUACAAAUCUUGUAUUUUUUUUUGCUUGCAAAUGAAUUUUUUUAGUUCUAUAUAUUUUGGCUUUGUUCUAGUUUACUGCUCAAAUCUGUGUGUUGUAGAUCUAUGUAAAUCAUUUCUUUCUUUAAUUUUUGAGGUUCUAGUUCUAUAUACUGCUCAAACUAACUGCAUUUUGUGCCCUUUAAUUUUGAGAGUUUUUUUUUUUUCUCUUUUCUUUUCUUUUCUUUUCUUAAAAUUUGGGUAUUAAUUUAAUAGAUCCCUGCACAAGCAUGAUUCAUUGUCUGUUUUCUGUUUUCUUCUCUGUUUGUCUUGGAUGGGAGAGAGAUUAAUUUUAGCUGCUGGAGGUUCUGACACUUGGUAUGAUAGUAGUAGACAUUAUUGGCAAUUGUAUCUGCAUUGGGAAUGUGACUCUUCUUUUAAGAAUUUUGCUUUGAGAAAAAUAGAAUUUAGAAACACCUUAAAGGAUUUUGCAAAGGAUUGUGUCUUCAAAAUGCAUUCAGAAUGCAAAAGAAUCCCCAGCUCGUCAAAAUGCAUGAAAUGCAUAUUUAAUCAUAAGAUUGCCAAGCUCCCUAUAAGGAUUGAGACUGAAAAAUCAAUUCAAACCAAUUUUAUUUGAUUGUUUAGAAUGAUUUUAUCUAUAAAGUUCUCUGUAUUCAAAAUUGUGCUGUUUUAUCUGAUUAAUUUUGGUUAGCAUGUUAUUUUAUCUGUUUCAUCUGAUUAAGUGAAAAGUAGGGUUCGGACGGGUUUGAGUAGUAUGCAGAUAGUAGUAAAUGGGCUUGAGAUGGGUGUGGGUAGUAAUAGGUAAUUCUAAUCGGAUUUGGGACAGAUUUAGAUAUUUUCUAUAUAAUCAGGUUCGGGUUUGGAUAUCUUUAAUUUAAUGGGUACCCUAUCCGGUACCCUCUUUAUUGCUCUUCCAUGUCUAAAAGGGAAAGGAUAAAGGAUAAAGGAUUUAAGGUUUCAUUUCUUCAGAGAAAUCCCCCAUUUAGCCUCUGUCAUCCAUCCUUGCACCGGGUACUUAUUGAUUUACGCAUAGAUUUUACAUAUUUGUCUUUAUAAUAAUGUUCUUCAAUUCUUGUUUAUGCUUUGAUUAUUGUGAUGAAAUGAAGAUCGGCAUUGGUAUUGAUAUUAACUGAAUUGAGUAUGAUCCAGUUUUUUUUUUUUUCUUUUUCUUUUUCUUUUAGGGUUGAUCAUCUUUUAUAAGCCUCAAUUCCAUGCUUAUAAAUGACCGUGAUUUCUUUUUUGGAUCAUUUGGCUGGAUUAUGUAUUGAGUUUAGUAUAAUUGUUGGAACUUGGUGGUACGAGAAGGAUUUUAGAAUGUUGUGUUUUUGUUUGAUUCCCUUAAUUAGCUACUCCCGCCGAAUUCACAGAAGGUUUCAUUUCCCUGUAAAUUUUUCUUCCUCUUGUGCUCUUAAAAGUGUUGAUACUGCCGAGAAGACCAAUUGCAAUAUACAUAAUUUUAAUUAUGCGGAAUUGCAGAGCAGAAUGCUGGAUUUUGCUACUUCUGGUGACUUCUCACAAGCUCUCUUCACUUUUAAUUUCAUGAGGAACAUGCCUGGAAAGCCGACUGUAUACGAUUUUAAUGCUUUCAUGUAUUGUUAUUUGAAGUCUACGAAUGUUUCUUUUCAUGUGUUGAUAGAUGUUUACCUUGGAAUGAAGAGGUUUGGGCCUGCCCCAAAUGCUACAACUUUUAAUACGCUUUGUAAUGGCAUGCUAUCACUUGGAAAUUUGAAAGAUUCACUUUUUAUUAUUGAAGAGAUGUGUGGAAGUGGGUUUGUGCCAUCGUUUAAAAUUUUGUCAAAAUUGUUGAAAAAAUCACUUCAAUUCGGGAGUUUGAUGGAUUCACUUUAUGUUUUUGAGAUUAUGUUGAAGUUAGGCUAUGUUCCUACUGAGCCAACUUUUAAUAUGAUGAUUUGUAUGCUAAGCAAAGCUGGGAUGAUACAUGAAUCAUACUUAGUGUUUUCUGUUCUUUUUGAUAUGGGUUAUUUCUUCGGUGUACAUACGAUCAAUCCAAUUCUAUGGACAUUGUGUAAGUCUAAUCAGAGUUAUACUGCUCUGCAAUUAUUUUACUCAAUGAAGAAGAGAGGUAUUGUGUACAAUGUGUGCUCGUAUACAGCUUUGGUUUAUGGAUUUUGUAGGGAAGGGUUUCAGGAAGAUGCUCUACUGUGUUUAGAUGAGAUGCAAGGUAAUGGUUGUAAGCCCAAUGUCAUAACAUACACUGUGCUUAUUAAGUUUCUUUGUGAUAAUGGGAGGAUUAAGCAGGCAUUUAAAAUUGUGGGUAAGAUGGAAAGAGAAGGAUGCAACCCAGACUUGCUCACAUACAAUGUAAUUAUUCGUGAGCUUUGUCAUCAAGGUAGAAUGUCAGACAUUUUUGAGUUCAUUCAGAUUAUAGAUCAAAAGGGAUUUUCUCUUGAUUCAUACACACAUGCUGCCUUGGCUGGAGGCCUCUUAAAGAAUGGCAAAGUCGGGUUUGCUUAUGAAUUGUUGUUUGAUACAAUUUCUAAAGGCUUCAGUGUGGAUGUUGCUCUUUAUAAUAUAUAUCUCCAUUGUUUAUGUCGUCAGAACAGAUUGACAGAAGCAUUAACUAUUUUGAACAGAAUGAUAGAAGAAGGCUUUAUGCCAACUAAUGUAUCAUAUAACAUAAUUUUGGAUGGUUUUUGUAAGGAAAAUGGUGUUGAUGAGGCUUUAGAGCUCUUGGACCAUUUUAAGUGGGAAGCGAAUGGGCCCAAUGUAGUUUCCUUCAAUACAGUUUUAUGUACGGCAUGCAAACAGAGCAAUUCCCAGAUGAUACUGAAGAUUUUAUAUCGAAUGAAGCGUGAAGGUAUUAAGUGUGAUGUUGUCAGUUUGACUUGUCUGAUCCAAUAUUUCUGCAGAGUGAGGAAAUUUUCAAUGUGUUUAAAGCUAUUAGAAACUAUGAUGCUUAGUGGCCUUAUUCCAACUAUAACUACUUUCGACUUGGUAUUGGACAGACUUUGCAAGAAUGGAUUAACAGAAGAUGCGCUCCAAAUUUUUAAUUGUUUUAGAAACUUAGGAUUUCUUCCUAGUAUGGCAUCAUAUAAAAUUUGAAUCCAUGCUUCCAUUAGAGUACAUGAUAAUUCCCUUGAAAGUCGAUCGCUUUGGGACAUACGUAACCAGAGACGAAAACCAGAUAGUUCUACGCAUAGAUCCUUGAUUACUGCCCUUUGUAGGGAAGGAAAGGUAUCAGUUUCACAGAAAAGCUGGGCUUACUUCAAGAAAAGUAGAUACUUGGGUGACUUAUUGCUAAGGUUCAUGAUACUAGAAGGGUGUCAACUUGAUGUGCAACUCUGGAAAUCCUACAUCAAGAACAAUCAGAGGGUUGGAUGAAGAUUUUGUCCAAGGUUGGACAGAAGUCUAAGAGCUUGUCAUAGGCCACAUUUGAUAGCAAAGAAACGCAUCUUUGGGCAAUACAAGCUAAUUGACAAAUUUUGGAGUAUGUUAUACCGCCUCAUUGUAUAAAUUAUAUCUGUUUUUUUUUCUUUGGUGAGGACUGUUGCAUUGAAGAUUCAUAUCCUGAAUCAGGUAUGAAGAAUUUAAAAUUAAAGUUUGCUUUUUUACACUUUCUGGAUAUUUGGAGGGUUAAAAUGAUGCUUUGCUGAGUGUUUCUCCCCCCACCUUCAACCCUACUCCCCUACCCCUUUUUCUUUUCAAAGGGUAUCACCUGUACAUGGGAAUGAGCCUUCACAAGGACUAAUGCUAAGUUUUAUGUAAAUGGCCUUAAAGCCCUUGGUUUAAAAGUAUUACCACUAUUCAGAACUGCACUUUUUUUUGGUAAUUUUCUUUUGUUCACAUUGUGCAUAUCUUGGUGCCAAAGCAUUCAAAUCUCAAGAGUGAGCACUUAUGUAGGAUCUAUCAGGUUGAAGUGGUUAUAAGCAGGAGUGAGCAUGGGUCAGUAUGGUUUGGUUCGGUCUGAAAUUUGAAAAAAUUGAAAUUUAUAGUAGACCAAACCAAACUGAACCGAAUUAGGUAGAAAACUGAGUUGAGCUGAAUCGGUUCAGUUCAAUUUAUCAGUUUGGGUUUGAAGGAUUACUGGAUUUGCUUUUCUUUGCUACGAAAAUGCCUUAACUUCUAAGCUGUUGACUUUUAAGUUUUCAGCAAUAGUUCUGUGAAAUUUAACUUAUUUUAUGAUGUUUAUUUGGUGAACUUGCAGUUAAAUCAACUGAAGCUGAAAAGGAUUUGGAGCAAUUUUGCAUUGAACCAAAUAUAGAUGUUCUCCUUAGUGAUUUGAAGCUUGUGUUAGGAUCAUAGUUGAGGAUAGUUUAUCCGAUAAUUCUCAAUUUUGCUGUUAGUGGAGAGCUUGAGGUAAAUGGCUUUGCUCAUGCAAAAUGGACAAAACCUAUAGGUGUUCUCACAUUUGAGAAUGGUGAUGUCAAUCUUGUUGCCACUCAAGUGGGGCUUAAGCAAGAGCAUCUAAAUAUAGCAAAAUUUGAGCCUGAGCUGCGGCUAGAUCCUAUGCUAGAUUUAACUUUGGUUGGAUCUGAGUGGCAGGAACGAAUCAAAGCUGAGCCAGCAAUUGGCAAGACAAACUGGUGGUGAUGUCAACUCAUUCUGGAACAGGAUGCUCUCUCACCUAGUGAGAGUCUUGGAGAGUCAAUUAGUGGAAUCCUUAUUGGAGGGUGACGGCCAGCUUGCGUUUGAAAAAUGCAACUGCAACACUUGAAACACUGAUGCCGAGAAUAGAAGGGAAGGGGAAAUUUGGUAAGGCUAGACGAGAGGCUGGUGUACACCCCACAGAUUUUAAUUUCGUAGUUUACUUUCUGUUGAUCCUUCAGCUGAUCCGCUGAAAUAUUUGGCCAAUAACAUUUCAUUUGGUACCGAAGGUGAGCUGCAGCGUGGGAAACAUCUUCAGGCCUCUAUUAUAAGGCAGAUGAAGGACUCAGAGGUGUCCAUGCAAUGGACUUUGAUUUACCAGCUUACAUACCGCUUGCGACUGCUCCUACAAUCUGCUCCUUCCAAACGAGGCUUGGAUAUUCUGCUACGACCCACGACUAAUUAAUUAGUCACUGCCGCCAUUUUUUGGCUGGUCUACAUUGGAACAGAUGAGUGGUGAUUGUGGUCGGUGAAUGUUGUGGCAUAUACCUGUAUAUAUCAAUUUUAGUAAAAUCUAGUUGCAAAUAAAACAAGAAGAAAAUACAUAAAUGUAUAAUUAGAUAGAUAGAUGUAUUGUGAUUAUUCUUUUGCUCAGAAAUGAAUGAACUUGUCCA